AUGUCAUCAGUUGCAAUUCCAAAGUGUAUCUUUUCGAUGUGUGACGGCGGCCGACCGGAAGCACCUGUGCCUCCCACGGUAAGCGGCAAGCAGUUCGGGGCCGGCGACGAAGCGGGCGAAGACGCCGGCGGCGGGACGACGCUGCGGCCGAGAGGAUGGAUGGCCGUCAUGUUCAUCAUCGGAUUCUUCACGGCGACGGCCAUGGCGUUCAGCGCCUUCUCCCAGCCCAUCACCAACUACCUCAUCAAGCACUACAGCAUGAAGGCGAACGCGGCGACAGACCUGGCUAAUAUCUUCAGCGGCACCUCCAACUUCUCCCCGGUGGUCGGAGCCUUCGUCGCCGACGCAUUUUGUGGCAGGUUCCGGACUUUGCUGUUCGGAACCAUAGCCGGCUUCCUUGGAAUGGUGGCGAUCACACUGACCGCGACGAUCCAUCAGCUCAAGCCGCCAUCAUGCGGCGUCCUGGCGCGGCAAGCCGGCACGUGCGCGGGCCCGUCGGGCCUCCAGCGCGCUGUGCUGUACAUCGCCAUGGGGCUGCUCGUCGUCGGCACAGGCGCCACGAGUCCGACCAGCCUGCCAUUUGGCGCGGACCAGUUCGAUGAGAGGCGCCACAAGGAAGGGCUCAGACGCUACUACAGCGGGUACUACGUCGUCACCAUGAUGGCCACGUUCCUGGCGCUCACCGUCAUAGCGUACGUCCAGGACAAGGUGAGCUGGGGCCUUGGCCUUGCAAUCCCAACGGCUCUCAUGCUGGCCACCUUUGUCGUGUUCCUCGUCGGCACGCCGUGGUACGUCUACGUGCUGCCCGAGGGCAGCAUCUUCGCUAGCGUCGCGCGGGUGGCCGUCGCAUCUUGCCGGAAGUGGCGGCUCCGGCUGCAGCACCCCAACGACGCGCAGCGGCAGGAGGCGCUACUCUAUAGCGACCCCCCUCCCGCCGCCGGCCGCGUUGUAGACUUCAGGCUCCCGCUCACGCUGCAACUCAGCUUUCUAAACAAGGCUGCCAUGGUGACCGACGCCGACGAGAAGCGGCCCGACGGGUUCCCGGCGCGGCCGUGGAAACUUUGCAGCGUACAGCAGGUGGAGGAGGUGAAGUGCAUCGUAAAGAUCAUUCCCAUAUGGAUCUCCGGCGUGCUGUGGUUCAUCGGCAUGGUAGAGAUUUCCAACUACACGUUUCUGCAGGUUCUUACCAUGGACCUCCACAUGGGCAAGAACUUCUCCAUCCCGCCGGUGUCGAUAUUCGCCAUAUUCUACCUCUCCGUUGCGCUCUUCCUUCCCAUUUACGAGCUACUCAUCGCCCCGGUCGCGCAGCGGCUAACCAAGACGGAGGGCGGCCUCACCUUGCUGCAGAGGCAGGGCGUCGGGUUAGCGAUCAGCGUGCUGCCCUUCCUGAUCGCAGCCAUGGUGGAGCGCCGGCGUAGGGACUCCGCGCUGGGACACGGUGGAACGUCGCCACAGUCCGUGUUCCUCGUCGCACCGCAGCUCGUGGUGAUGGGCUUGUCCGCGGCGUUCAGCAUGGUCGGGCAGAUGGAGUUCUACAACACUCAGUUCCCGCACCAGAUGCGCACGCUCGGGAACGCAGCUUUCUACUGCGCCCAGGGCGCCGGCAACUAUCUGGCCACGCUGGUGGUGAAGGUCGUGAACACGAGGACGAGGCUGCCUGGCGGUGGCGGAUGGGUCAGCGACGACAUCAACGCAGGGAGGCUGGACUACUUCUACUACUCCAUGGCCGUGUUCGGGGCGGUCAACCUCGUCUACUUCCUCGUCUGCUCCAACUUCUAUCGGUACAAGGACCAGUAG